GCUAGUCUCUGACCAUACAGGAUCAUUCAGGUUGGUCACCUCUGACCUCUGAUGUGAUGAUGAGCUCCUCUUGGUGGCACUAUUGUCCUGAGUGCUUCAGAUAUUUGUGACCAGGUAAUCAGCCUUCUCAGCUUUCCAGACUGUAAGAAAAGCAGGCACCCACCAAUACAGCUACGGGAGCAGUAGUAAACAGGGAUCACACCACGGAUCAAGCAACUUAAACGACAGCAGCUUGUCAUAUAUCGCAUUGCUGAGGUCCACAUACACACAAGUGAUGCAGUCACUCGCCCAAGAAAUUAAAUCAUUCUCCAAAAGCAAUCUGCGAAAGCAAUGCACCCGGGUGACGACUCUGAGCGGGAGGAGGAUUAUUGAAACAUGGAAAGGAUCCACUGUCCAUGUGGUUGAGGACACAGUCCAACCUAAGACGCCAUGUGGAUACAUUCAGGAUAAUACAUGGGAUCUCCAAGUGGGAUGUAUUAGACCUUAUUUGUUACUGGGUUCACAGGAUGCCGCUCAUGACUUUGGCACUUUAAAGAAGUACAAGGUCACUCACAUACUGAAUGUGGCAUAUGGUGUGGAAAACGCUUUCCCAGAUCUCUUCAUCUAUAAAACCCUGAGCAUACUGGAUCUACCUGACACAGACAUCAUAUCACACCUACACGAGUGUGCACAUUUCAUAGACCAGGCCAAGGCAGAGAAAGGUGUAGUGCUCGUCCACUGUAACACUGGUGUGUCUCGGGCAGUCUCUGUGGUCAUCGGAUACCUGAUGUGGAGAGAAGGCCAGUCAUUUGAUGAUGCGUUUUCUCAGGUGAAGUCAUCGAGGUCAGCGUCGUGUCCGAACCCAGGUUUCAUCGAUCAGCUGAAAAAUUUCAAACCCCAAUGCGGUUUACAAGCAAAUGGUCUGAUUGGUCAUUCAUAAAUCCGUAAAUUACAUUGUGUGUGUUCAUACUAAAGGCACCAGUGCUUCCGAUAAGGUUUCUGACAUGGCCAUAACCAUGAUAAUCAUGAUCUUCUAUCUUUUAUGAGCAUGAGGAGGAAUGAGCAUUUAGACUAGCAAGUAGAAAGUUGUUAAUAAAGUUGUUUUGGUUAAUACAAAUAUAUACAUGACUUUUAAAAAAAAUAUAUUAUUAAAAAGCUUGAGAAGCAGUCAAAGGAACACAACACAACUCUUAUUACCGAAAUAAUAUAAUAAUUGUAAACUUAUUAUUAUUAUUAUGCAUUUAAGCCCAUUAUUGACUCAUUUAUCAGGAUGAUUAGAAAUAUAAUUGUCUGUAAAAAAAAAAAAAAUUCAGAAGAUUUACUGUAGAGUUACAAAGGAAGACUUAAUGUUCCUUAUGUACCUUAAAUACACAUUAAAGUACAUUACAUUCACUUUUCUUAGUAAAUAAAGGUUAAAAAAAAACAAAAAACAAAGAUACACCCUUGGGAAAAUCAACUUAGUGCCCUGUUUAGAAAUAUUUUAGGAGAUUUCUGACACUUUAUAUAUUUUUUCGACUCUCAGGCAGGCAAGACACAGAAAACGCUCUGGACCUAAUCAUUGGAAAGGAUACAAAAUAUAGCAAAAAAAAAAAAAAAUGCACAUUUAAUAUUUAAAGCCAUUUGUGCUUCCUCAGAGGGUUUUGACAUGAUUUUUACUAUAAUUAUAAAUGCUAAUUUAUUGUAAACACAUUUCAAUUUAUCAGAAUUUAGAAGUAAAAUGAUAAAAAUAGGUUGACGUGUAUGAUAUUUAAUUCAAUAACCUACAUACAGCAAACCUUAUAUUUUCCAAGGUGUCUAAAGCUGGCUUCUUUAGAAGCUAAUGAAGCUUAUGUAGCUAAAAAGUAAAGGACACUUAAAGCUUCUAGUUUAGCAUCGUGCAAAAUGUAACCCUAAAUUAUCCACACUCACCUUAAAACCAGUAACUAACAGAGGUGGGAACAAAUCAUUGUUUACAAGUAAGUCACAAAUCUAGAGUGAUAAAGUCCAAGUCAAGUUACAAGUCCUUAAGUCAUUAUGUGCUUGUUGCAAAAUUUAUAGUCACAUUUCUAAUUGAUGUAGUAAAUUUACACAAAUCUUGCAGACUUUUUAAAAUUGGUGCUCAGCACUUUCUAGACAAACGUCAUAACUCAGUAGAAGUACAUGAGUAUUUGAAAUACAACUAUAAAAAUUUCCGUUCAAUUUCACAUGAGAUGAGGUGUAGACUAUUGUCACUAAGUGUACCCAUCUAUAUAAUUUAAAUUUGGCUUUACUUUGAGAUUUGCUUUGUGCAACUUCAAAUGCCGAAAAAAUCUUAAGUUGUUGCAACAACAGGUUCUAUAUUGUUGCGACUCUUAAAACAACAUAAUCUUUGUAAACGAAGGCUACUAUUUUUGGGAGCAUGGUUAUCUCUAAAAGUGCCUGUCAUUGGGGAAAUAGCGCUCUUUCAACAUUCAGCUGUGUUUGUCAAGUACAAGUUGAGUGGCUGUCUGACUGGCUAAACGUUAACCUUGGAAAUAAAGAUUGAUGCUGAUUUUUCUGAAAAUGAAUUGUUUGUUUGGAAAAUGAAUAGUUGAUUCACUGCACACUGUUAAUUGUAUCAUUUUUAAUCUUCGCUAUGAGUCCAAGCGAAGUCACGAGUCAUUGAUGUCAAAGUCGAGUCGCAAUUAUAAUUUAUUAAUCAUUAUUAUUUUGAGUUGCGUCGAAAGUCAGCAAACUUGUGACUCAAGUCCAGCUCGAGUCCAAGUCAUGUGACUCGAGUCCAUAACACUAGUGACUAAUCCCUGAUACACUUUCUCAUUUGGAUUCUGAUGCUGUAUGAUGACCAUUUGUUGUAAAUAUUUCAUUAUUGUUUGCUAAAUUAGACUCAUAACUCUAGUAUAAAACCAAUCCAACAUGUCUUGACUGAAUGACUACAUUUGAGGUAAAUGUUAAAUUGUGCAAAUUGUAUUUUUAACUGUUCCCAUAAGGAAAAGGAGUGAUUAAAUUUAAAUGUAGUUAAUAAACAAAUGAAACACACAAUGUUCUGUUUGUGGAAUUAUGAUGUUUUUUUCCCCCAGCACACCAAAUGUACAUAUUAGCUAGUAAACAUUCUAACCCACUAUAAUUCUUACUUUAUUUCAUCAAAUCAGAGUGUAGAGAUGAAAUUAAUCGGGGAAGAGCAAUGUUUCAAAUGCAGAUUUCAAUUACAUAAUUAUAGUCCUGUUCUACUGUUCUCUGUACUGACACCUUGUAUAGAUACAUCUAUACAAGUAUGUAUCAGUAUAGAUACAGCAGGGUCCAUAAGUUUGAGAGCACUAGUGAAAAUGCUUUGAUUUUGCAUUCUUUUCUAAUUUACACAAUUUUCCAUUACAAAAUAUAUUACUGACUUCAACUUGAGUGAAUAGUAAAAUCUUUGAAAUAUUUACAUGGAUUUCAGAGUUUCUUGGUACUACUUUUGUCCCCUUUUUUGCUUUAAUGACCGUGUGACUCGAGCUGGUAUGGACUCCACAAGUUUGUGCAAAAACUUGAUCCAUUUCAGAUCAAAUCCAUCAGAGUGUCAUCUGAAUACAUGCUUCAAUAGAAGAGAUCAGGCAUGAGGAAAAUCUGACCUUUUGUACAAAGCAGUCAACAUGGCCAAUGUCACAAAUGUACUUAAAUAUUUAAAUAGCGA